UGUGCAAAUGUGUCAAUGCGACUUUUCAAAGAUCACUUAACAAAACUUGCAACUUGGUUUCGCACUAAUUUCCCAAGCUGUUGCAACGAUAACCAAGGCACAAAUCCAGUAAUUCAAGGAGUGCUGUUCUAUUUAGUUGGAUUACUGCUAGGCGCGCUUUUCUGGAAAUAUGUCCUGGACAACAUUGGCCUGCCGCUCAGUAUUCAUUUCGUUCUUGGACUUGGCAUAUCAUUACUUUUAGGCUUUGGAUGUGCCCUAUCGACGCAAUUCCGCUGCUUCAGUUUGCUGUGUCUGGUAGCAUUCCUGGGAAAAGCCGGCCGAGGUCUGUUGAAGGCUGUCGUGUUCAGCUGCGUGUUGACGGGACCAAUCAACAAUAUUUGCCUGAACGCCGGUGAGGUCGUUCGACUGUUUACCUGUUCGGCCGUUUUGAUAUACAAUUUGAAUCUGGCGAGAGUCGAUCUGAUGACAAAACCGUUCCAAGUUGCGUUGAAUAUUAGUAAGGACCACUUUAUUCGGGAAGAGUUUGAGGUUCUGACGAACAUUACCGAACCGAUCAAGCUUGAAGUGGAAGGUGUUGUCGAUGGUCGAAUGAAACGCGAGACAGCGGCCGAUUACCGGGAAAGCUACAAACGAAAGCUGAAUGCUCGUUGCAGAGCUCAGCUGGACCAUGUUCUUAAACGGUGCAAAGAAGCACUGAAAGAGGUCUACGAUGAAUGUCAUCGAGUACUACCGAUAUUGGUGAGGUCCAUGCUAUGCUGGCCGUUAAAGAUUGACAAUAUUUGCAGUACAGAACAGCUGUUUGGAAAAAGGGAAAAUGUAUGCUCCUCGGAUCGUGUUGUCUAUUCGAGGUUUGGCGAAGACUACAUGAAUCUGAAACGAUCUGAGCGGAGUUUCGUUGAAGAUCUUAUGCAGAUACAGAUCACUUUUGAGAUCUUUGACAAAGAACAUCACGAAGGAUACCUACAAGCUCAAGAAACCAGCAGGGAGGUUGUCCUGCAGUUCGAGCAGGAAAAGGAGAAAAUUGAUCUCACCGUUUAUGUUCUGGAGAAGAUGUUGGCGUUCGUGUUUAUAAGGGUCAUUGUGAGAGCCAUGGUGUACCACCAGAACUACCUGAAAAAGAUUGACUUCCAGAAUCAUUACAUUGGCAAACACUUUUUGCGGAUUGAUUCACGCAGGAAACAAGCAGGAAAAUUGGGAGUACUUCCUCUGCGUUACCUGGAGAGUCCUCACUACGUGGAUUUGGACCUGGUGGAAUGUUCUCGUACAGAGUUGAAAAGUAUUCUGAGCUACUCGAUAUCUUUGAUAUUCAUGAUUAUUGCCGUUACAUUUUUCUUGUUGGUGGAUAACGUAUUUUACAAAACCUUGAACAUUGUAGCGAAGAACGCCCAAGUGGAGUUCGAACAGCAGGGCUAUCACGACGUCAACAUUACCGUUAUCGGAUCGGGAUUGAUUGCCAAGAUGUUGCGCCUAUCGCUGGAAGGUUUUGAAACUCAGGCAAGGUUAAACACAACAUCAUCCAUUGAUCAGUGCCUUCCAAAUCCUUCCAAACUAUCAUCGUGGAUUAUCGUGAAAAUCUACCUACUCUUUCUGGCUAUAGUGAUACUAACCUGUUACGAAGCGAUCAUCAACCGAUUGCGCAGGUUCAUCUGUGCCAGGUUCUACCCAAAGCGUGAGAAACAACGAGUGCUGUAUCUGUACAAUCAACUCCUGAGAAGAAGGAAAGGAUACUUCAAGUUUUUGCUGGACCGAAUGCUGCAGACCCUUCGUCGGCGGAAGUACAGUGCGAGGCUGGACUUUUUGAACCGUUUGGUCUUCUACUACCCCACGUGCUUCCUUUGGAUCAAAUUGCUCCACCGGAAGUCCUGCAGUAUAUGUGAAGUCAAAAAGCCAAAACGGUUCCACGAUUGUAUCAGCUACAAGUGCUUCCUGACCUAUUGUGAUGAGUGCUGGCAUGAUUUGGACGAAACGUGCCCGAUCUGCGCCGAAGAUUCCAACCUUGCCCAUGAAAACUGUGCUGCAGAUCAUUAGCUGUAAAAAAAAUCAAUCCAACAUCCAA